UGUAAUCACUCUUGACGCUUGAUGACACAGUAUUACGUAGAUCAAUAUUUCCCCUACUGAUUGAUUAAAUUCGGUUAUUUCUUAAUGAUUCGGAUGGAUACUUCAAAACGAUCCGCUGCUAUAUGAACAUAUUUUGAAAUUACCUAUCAGAUUUUGGAAAACUUCUUGUUUUACUUUUUGACGAAAUCCGGAAUCCAGCUGAAAGCCAGUCACCCCUAUGGUGUCAAAAAAGAUCAUGUGCCAGGCUACCAUUGUUAUUGUUUUCUACUGUUCUCUCUACAUAUUCUUCUUCAAGAAACCAGUUUACCAACGACAUAGAAAUGCAUUGAAUACAUUAACAUCAUUUAGAGGGAAAGUACAGGACCAAAAUAAAGAUGACAAACAAGUAAUUCCAAAGACAAAACCUCUUUUAACUAUGUUCACAACAUGGGUUUCUGACAAAAUGAAGAAUAUUUGCCGAAAUAAUACUGUUCAAAAUUGGAAUCUGUUACAUAAAAAUGUAAUAAGAAUUUUAUUUACUAAUGAGACUGAUUUGACUUUAAGAGUGAAGUCUAUGGGUUGGAAGGUUCUUCCAGUUCCUAAAGUUGCAAGCACAACUAACGUGCCGGUGUUAAAAGAUAUGUUUUACUCAAGUUUCAAGGCUGAGGAUUCUACAUUUUAUGCCUAUGCUAACGGUGAUAAUCUGUUCACAGAUGACCUCAUAAAAACAUUGAAAACUAUUUUGAAAUCAAGCCUAAGUAAAUCUGACGAUUUGUUGCUUAUCGGUAGACGUACAGACGUGCGGAAUGUUACAAAGGAAGAAGCAAGAAAUCACAUGUCCCUGAAAUCUGCAGCUUAUUAUAGAGGUUCUUUACAUUCACACUAUGCAAUCGACUUUUUAAUAAUAAAAAAAUCAUUUCCACUUUUAGACCUACCUGACCUUGUUAUAGGGAGACCUUAUGUAGAUUCAUUUAUUGUUUCGGAGGCAGUUAAUCGCGUACCGGGUCACGUGAUUGAUAUAACCCUGACCUCAUUGGCUGUACAUCAGGUCACGUUACUUGGGAAAAAAGGGAUCGACGAAGGUUCAACGCAUCCUGAUAAAAAUUACAAUUAUGAUCUAUUGAAAUCUAGAAAUCCAAAUUACUCCAGAGGAAAUACAAAUUGUGCUCAUUUUUAUACAUACCAUAUUUUGUUCGAUAAAGAAAUAGCAAUAGCAAUUAAAAGAAGGAGGCAGUAUUCAGACAAGAGAUGUUUCAAAUUAAAAAGUUAAAUUCCGAAAGAAUGUGAUAAUCAACGCAAAAUCAUCGCUAACAAUAAAUAUUUAAGGCGAAUAUUUUCUGUUAUCCAGUUAUUUCACACAUGUAUAAGGAUCAUUUGAAUAUAUUUCGAAACCAAUGUUUAUGUGACAAAAUACUUAUUCCAGAUCAUUCCAUAAAUGAUGCAGUGCAAAGGAACAAUAAAUAGAAUUUAUAUAUUCGAAAGAUAUCAGACGACAUAUCAUCUUCACAUGUUUACAAACUAUAAACAUGUAAAUAUUAAAACGUAAAUAAGCAUUUUCAUUUUAUAUACAGCACUGGGUCGAUACCUCUGCUGCUGAACUAUCAGUACCCGAGAAUAUUAUUAGCUCAGUAGAUAGUACUUCAGUACUGACAUGAUUUAUAACAAACUUUUCUUAAAUUGUCCGUUUAUAUAUA